GUGGGCGCCAUGGCGGAGAGCCCGCGGCCCAAGAGGAAGCGUGAGGAGGAGGAGGCGGAGGCCGGGGCCCAGCCCCACGACGGGGCCGCCGUCCCCGCCUUCCCGUUAGCGGAGCUGCGCCUGCGGCGUGUGCUGCGGGAGUCGGCGCGGGAGAAGGCCGUGUUCCUGCACGGGGAGGUGACCAGCUCCUCUGGAGAGGGGGCAACCGCCGUAGUCAUCCUGGAGAAGACUCCCUUCCAGGAGGAGAAGAUCUUGGACCUGCUGAAGAAGCACACCAAGCUGGAGCUGCAGAUGCGCAAUGACAUCUACAGCACGUACCACCUCUAUCCACCCCCGGAGCUGAGUGAGAUAAAAACCACAGUGGUGUACCCGGCCACGGAGAAACACCUUCAGAAGUACCUCCGCCAAGAAGUGCACCUCAUCCGUGAAACCUGGGAGGAUUACAAGAGCAUAACGCUGCCCUUCAUCCAGUCCCAGAGCUUCAGCAUCCAGUGGGUGUACAAUAUCCUGGAGAAGAAAGCUGAGGCUGAUCGAAUCGUCCAUGAAAACCCAGAUCCUUGUGAUGGAUUUGUUCUAGUUCCAGAUCUUAAGUGGAAUCAAAACCAGCUGGAUGACCUCUACCUGAUCGCCCUCAUUCACCGCCGGGAGGUCAAGUCUCUUCGGGACCUCACGGCCGAGCACCUCCCGCUGCUGAGGAACGUCUUGCAGGAAGGGAAGGAGGCCAUAAGGAAGCGCUUCGGGGUGCCCGCGUCCCAGCUGCGGAUCUACCUGCAUUACCAGCCCUCCUACUACCACCUGCACGUGCAUUUCACCGCCCUGGGCUACGACGCGCCGGGCAGCUCGGUGGAGAGAGCCCACCUCCUGGCAGACGUCAUCGACAACCUGGCCAUGGACUCCACGUACUACCAGAAACGGGCUUUGACCUUCCCCCUUCGGGCCGACGAACUCCUGUUUAAGAAAUUCCAGGAGGCAGGAAGAGUGUGAGCUGGAAGAGGAGCUUUUUUGUAUUUUUUCAUUUUUAAUAAAUGCCCAUUUUCAGGGUUUUUUUUUUUUUUUUACAGGUCUCGGUGCUUUUUUUAUUUUUUAAGUCUGAUUUUAUACAAAUUGGGGCCGACAGCCCAUUGCUAUGGAAACCAUGUCUUCUGCUCAAGUCAAUUAAAACGUUGAUUGA